AUGUACAGGUGUCAGACAUGUUCCGCUAGGUUCUACUCUAAGAGUGGGCGCGAGGAGCACAUGGACGACUACUCCCACUGGCGGUGCGACUGGUGCGACCGUACAUUCAGAACGGAACGUGCCUGCGACCAGCACAUGAUCACCACAGGCCACAUGAAGAAGGUAUUUCUUUACCCUUGCGACACCUGCAACGUGGUGUUCCGCUACGAGGACGACGCAGACGAGCAUAUGGAAGACCUGGACCACUGGAAGUACCCAUAUUCUUGCGACACCAACCUGACCUUCCGCCACGAGCAGCAUGCGUACGAGCACAUGGAGGAAAAAGGGCGCCAUGGAAAUUACUGCUCGGACUGUGAUCGCCACUUCGUAAACGAGAACGCGUUGAAGAUGUACAUGAGAUCUCGCACCCACCAAGGCACAACCGUCUCCUGCCCGUUCUGCAAGGUCAACCAUGUGACCGCCAGCGGCCUAAGCCACUACCUGGAGACCGGUUCCUGCGCCAAAGCUCCUCGCCUGAACCGGGACACCAUCCUCCGCAUCAUCCGCGAGCGUGACCCAAACGGCCUCAUCACCAACAAGCAGCUCACAUACCACGGCGGCGGUGGCACUACAUCAACAUACGAAGCCACCGAUCAAGCCUGGAACGGCUCGUGCUGGGAAUGCUACAUGUGCCAUCGUGGCUUCCGUACGUCCCAUGCGCUGAACCAGCACCUGAAGUCAUCGGCUCACCAGCAGAAGGAGUAUCAUUGCCCGAACCGGCGCUGUGGCAAGGAGUUCAAGGCGUUGGCCGGGCUGUUCAACCAUCUGGAGAGCGAGACUUGUGCGUUUAUGAGGUUUGAGAACGUGCAGAAGCAGGUCGAGAAGGUGUCGGGUGUGAAUAAGCUGAUUGCGUUCGGUUGA